UUUCAAGUGAAGUCAAUAGAACAGCUCCGAAACAAAAUGCAGUUUACGGGUUCCUCGCCCAUUGUGGCUGUGAUUCUAUGCAGCGUUCUCGUGGCCUCAACGUUCAUUGAGGAAGUAGUGGAAAGUAACUGCAAUUGGCCCAUUACAAACUGGUGCCACAAUUUGAGCAAUGCCAAAGACUGUCAAGCGACGAGACACUGCAUUCAAGCUGUGUGGGAGAAGCAUUUGGUACCUGUGGACUCAAAUCCUGUUUGUGAGAUAUGUAAGGACAUGAUCGAGCAAGCCCGCAUUAACUUAUACUGGAACAAUGACCAAGUGGAGCUAGAACAAUUAUUUGACGACUCCUGCGAGCAGAUGCCGAUUCAGCUCAUUGAAGAGAAAUGUCGCAAAAAUACUAGAAAUAGUUUAUCCGAAGUAAUUGAGUUGAUGUCCUCGCAAAUGAGUCAGGAGCAAAUUUGCACUGUAAUGGACUUGUGUAACAGCGAUGAAAGGGCAUCAGAUGAAAGUGCCUUGGUGGUAGAACCAAGCCAAAUUGUGGACCAACUUGAUGAGCAACUUGUUAUCAACUCAAAUGAUUUAGAGAGUGCAUUGGAAGACAAUAGUAUGCCGCAACUACCACAAUGCUUUGCAUGCAAAUCCGCUUUCAGACUGGCCAAAAGACUCGUUCGCUCGCACACUAGCAAUGAGAAACUCAAGAAUGCCAUGAAUCGCUGUUGCAAUAAGCUCGGAAAAUUGGCGGAUAAAUGCCACAGGGUGAUCAACCGUCAUGGAGAUCAACUGGCACGCUUCGCAAAGAAUCCCAGAGUAAUAUGCAGUCUGUUAGGCAUGUGCUUCCCAUUAGAUCAGGACAAAUUAGAAAACGAAGAGGUAGCGCUAGAUAAACUAGAAAGCGAACCCUUAGAUAACAAAUACAGCGAGAAAAGGCAGUUGAACACAGAUUUAGCCAGCAACGCUCAGAUCGAUGAGCCCCAGCAAAUUGAUGUAGGGAUCAAAGGGUCUCCCAAAUGCAGCAUCUGUAGAACUGCAAUGAAAGCUUUGCAACACAUGGUACGCAAUCGUGCGGAGAAAGGCAGCAUCCAGAGAGCUUUGCACAGAGUAUGUCAGAAGUUGGGAAAACUGAAGGGAGGAUGCGACAGAAUGGUCGCAAGGCAUGGCAACCAAAUUGUUGACCUAUUCACAAAGAACACAGCUGGCAGACAGAUAUGCAAAAUUAUUGGCAGUUGCCGACGAUCAAUAUACGUUGAAGAUUACGUCGUGGAACAAAAUGAUUACAGCGAGAAUUUUGGGACUGAGAGUGAAUACAGCACAGAUGACCAACCCAUACUUGAUGGAACACUAACGGACAUUGCCUUAGGAUCGCCCAAAUGUUCGAUCUGUCAGACGGCUAUAAAGACCUUGCAACACAUUGUGCGUCACCACACAGAUAAGGGUGAGAUUGCAAGGGCUAUGGCACACAUUUGUCACAAGAUGGGAAAAAUGCAGCAUGAAUGCGAAGAGAUAAUUAACAAUCAUGCCGCUCAGAUUAUCGAUCUUAUGAUAAGGCAUACGCCAGUCCACAUGAUAUGUAAGGCGAUUCACGUAUGCCGCAGCUCCAACACAGGGUGGGGGCUUUGAAGUGACUUAAGCGGGUGUGCCAUUUCAAUAAUAUUAUUGCUCUCCCUUUCUAUCUAUAAAUAACUAAAAAUAUUUUGCUCGCAUAACUAAGCGCUGAGUCACCUGUUUUUGGAGUGGAUUAAAAAAAUUAAAUUAAA